GCAAAUUUAAGUUUAAAAAACAAAGAAACAAACAACCCCCCCCCCCAGAAAAAAACAACAACUAGGAGCCAGGGCGCAGCUUGCGUUUUGAACCCUGCCAGGGCAUCCACACCGUGGUGCUGGGCGCUCUUGCGCCGGAGGCGAGGCGAUGUAGCUAAUUGGAUUCCGAUAGAAACACUUUCACUGUCAGUAGUGGUUUGCUCAGCUGACAGAAGUUGUUGCCGAUCUUUGUUACUUUGUAUUCAUUCUGCCGAAGAAGGCGUUGGGUGAGUCUGCUUUCAAGUCAAGGUGGGCAGAGUCUGGGGAAAUAGUGCAGUUGUUGCCGAUCUUUGUUACUUUGUAUUCAUUCUGUGGAAGAGGGCGUUGGGUGAGUCUGCUUUCAAGUCAAGGUGGGCAGAGUCUGGGGAAAUAGUGCAGGACCAUUAAUCCCAGUGAUUUGUACAUUUAAUUUCCAGGAAGUUUUGCAAAGUGUAUAAGGAAGGAUGGCAGUGCCCCCUCAUAUACCCCAUACAUCUGCUUGGAGGAUCCAUGUAAACCAGGGAAGCAUGCUACCCUUUGAGGGUUUGCUAUAUAAAAAACAAGACUUGGAGGGUCAUGUACAGUAAUACCACCUAAUCUGACAUCUCUGAGAAUGAGGGGUCCCAUGUAGGAACUGUCUAUGAAACUGAAGUUUAAACCUGGAAAUGCUAAAACCUAAAUGCUAAAAGCUCAUGCUAAAAUGUUUUGCAUAUGCCCUUGCCCUCUGUGUGAGGCUAAAUACCGGUCCUCCAAAGAUUUCCCCAUCCUAAUCCCCAGAACCUGUGACUGUUACCUCAUGUAGCAAAAGAGAUUUUGCAGAUGGGAUUAGGCAUCUUGAUGUGGGGGAACUAUCCUAGGUUAUCUGGCGGGCCCAGUAUAAUCACACCCAUCCUUAGAGAGAGAGGCAGGAGGGGGAGACAGGCAGAGAAGGAGGCCAUGUGAUGAUGGAAGCAGAGUUAGAAGAUGCUGCACCGCUGGCUUUGAAGAUGGAGGAAGGGGCCGUGAGCCAAAGAUUGCAGGCGCUUCUAGAAGCUGGAAAGGGCAAGGGAGUGGAUUCUCCUCUGGAACCUCCAGAAGGAACCAGCCCUGCCGACACCUUGAACUUAGCCCCCCUAAGACUCAUUUCGGACUUCUGACCACUGGGAUUGUAAGAGAAAAAAGUGUCAAGCUAGGGAUGCGGUCCAUCCCCAUCGCCACCGCCUGUGCCAUAUACCAUAAGUUCUUCUGCGAGAUCGACCUGGAUGCCUAUGACCCCUACUUGGUGGCCAUGUCUUCCCUUUACUUGGCCGGCAAAGUGGAGGAGCAGCACCUGCGCACUCGUGACAUCAUCAACGUUUCCAACAGGUACUUCCACCCGGACAGCGAGCCCUUGGAGCUGGACUCACGCUUUUGGGAGCUCCGUGACAGCAUCGUGCAGUGUGAACUGCUCGUACUGCGGGUUCUGCGUUUCCAGGUCUCCUUCCAGCACCCUCACAAGUACCUGCUCCACUACCUGGUGUCCCUCAAGAACUGGCUGAACCGUUACAGCUGGCAGCGGAGCCCCGUCUCCAUCACCGCCUGGGCCCUGCUGCGGGACAGCUACCACGGGGGGCUGUGCCUCCGGUUCCAGGCUCAGCACAUAGCCGUGGCGGUGCUCCACCUGGCCCUGCAGGCCUAUGGGGUCGAGGUGCCCGCUGAGGCCGAGGCCGAGAAGCCGUGGUGGCAGGUGAGGUGACUGCGUUGGCAGUCCCGCUUGGCGUGUGUCCCCCUCUUCUCUGCCUGAGGUCCCUGUACCUGGUGUCACAUUUCUUUGUAGUAGUUAUCCACAAAGAAAGAUACGGGCUACUUGGGAACCUUGAAGCGUGAGAAUACUCUGUCCUAAUCGUCUAAGGCAGGCUCUCCCCCUCGACAUCGUGGACGUUCAGGGCCGGAUGUAGGAUGUCGAGCAGGACAGCGAAAACCGUGUCCAGACAUUGCCAAGUGCCUCGGGGUAGGGAUCACCCCUGGUUGAGAACUGCUGAGGUCAACCAAGCACUUUUUUUGAAUUGAGUGGGAGCUUGUCCUAGAGCCGAGGUUAAUAAGUCUGGCUUCACGUCAGAAGACGUAUAGGGGGUGCUCUACAAAGGCAGUGGU